AUGGAUGGUUUCAAAAGUUGGAAUAAGGGUUUAGAAAGACUUAAUAAGCAUGUGGGUGAAGUGAAUAGUGUUCAUUAUCGGUGUUUCAAGAUGAUAUUAGAUUUAGAUAAUCAAGCACAAUCUAUUCUAACUUACUUUGACAAGGAAAAGGAGGAAACUAAAAGCAAAUAUCGGGUUUGCUUGAAUGCUUCGAUUGAUGUUGCAAGAUUUCUUUUAAAAGAAGGAAUGCCUUUUCGAGGCCAUGAUGAAAGUGAAACUUCCACAAGAAGAGGAAACUUUUUAGAUCUCUUAAAGUGGUAUGCGGGUAAGAGUGAAGAUGUGAAACAAGUUGUGUUAGAAAAUGCUCCACAAAAUGACAUCAUGAUUUGUCCAAGUAUCCAAAAAGACAUUGUGAGUUCUUGUGCAAAAGAAACAGUGAAAGCAAUUGUUGAAGACUUAAAUGGGGAUUACUUUGGGAUAUUAGUUGAUGAGUCUAAGGAUGUCUCUCAUAAAGAACAAAUGGCUCUUAUUCUGCGGUAUGUCAACAAAGAGGAUACAUCUGUACGAUCAUUGAAAGACGCGAUAUAUUCUUUACUUUUAGAACAUAAUUUGAGUUCAUCUCAAAUUCAGGGACAGGGUUAUGAUGGAGCUACUGUUGCAAAGAAGCAUCAUAAGGUAGAUCAAUUUUUUGAUAUUCUUGCUAAUGUUUUAAAUGUUAUUGGAGGUUCUUUUAAGCGUAGGGAGAUGCUUAGAGAUGAUCAAGCAGAAAAAUUAAAGGAGCUACUAGUGCUCGGUGAAGUUCAUACAGGAAGUGGAUUGAAUCAAGAACUUGGACUUCAAAGGGCAGGGGAUACACGUUGGAGUUCUCAUUUUAAGACAGUGCGUAACUUUAUUAGUUUAUUCUCCUCAAUUAUUCAUGUACUUGGAGUUCUUGCUAAGGAGGGUUCAAAUUAUCAAGAGAGAUCACUAGCAAAAAGUUUAGUAGAUGACAUAAGAUCUUAUGAGUUUGUGUAUACAUUGCAUUUGAUGUUGAAAGUGUUGGCAAUUACACAUGAUUUGAAUAUGGCCUUGCAAGGGGCUGGAUAA